CAGACAGAGAUGAAACGCAGAUCCUGUGUUUCAUGACUGCCCCUCGCGAGCGAAAGAACUGCAGUGUUUGUGUGUUUUCUAAACUCAGGAGUCUUGGCUAAAGAAAAGAACGGCAGGGUGAUUUAAAGAAAUCCCCUGUCAAAGUGUGUUAAAGCCACAGCGUUCAGUCUUAUCUGCAGCUUUCUGCCACUGACGGCUCAUUUCAUCUUGUGUGUCUCAGCCAUGUGGACACAGCAGACAAACUUCUUCUUGUUGGCCACAGUCUCUUAUGUGUCAGCUGCUGCAGAUGGUCAGAUCAGAUUAGCUGGGUCUGGGUCGACUCGCUGCUCUGGAAGAGUUGAAAUCUAUCACCGUGGCUCCUGGGGAACAGUCUGUGAUGAUGCCUGGGACUUAAAAGAUGCUGCGGUGGUCUGCAGACAGUUAGACUGUGGAACAGCACUGAGUGCCCCUACAGAUGCUCACUUUGGUGAAGGAACUGGGCCGAUCUGGCUUCAUUAUUUGGUCUGUGCAGGAACCGAAACGUCGCUACGUAAGUGCGAUCAUGGAGGAUUUCGGCAACAAGACUGUGGACAUCAUGAGGAUGCUGGUGUCAUCUGUUUAGGGGUCAGGCUAGCUGGGUCGACUCUGUGUUCUGGAAGAGUUGAAAUCUACCACAGAAACUCGUGGAGAACAGUCUCUGAUGAUGGCUGGGACUUCACUGACGCUCAGGUGCUCUGUAAUGAGCUGGACUGUGGAACGCCAGUUAAUGUCACGCACUUUGGUGAAGGAUCCGGAGAAAUCUGGUUUGAUAAUGUGACGUGUUCAGGAAAUGAAACAUCUCUAACUGAGUGCAGAAGAUCUGAGAUAAAAAGCAGCAGACUCCAUAAAUAUGCUGGUGUUAUCUGUUCAGUUCCUCUGCAGCAGCCCAGCAUCUCCCUGACGUCUCCUAAUGGAGGACUGGUCUGGGGUCCUGAAGGUGCAGCGAUCACCAAGGGCUCCAGCUUUGUCUUCAGCUGCUCCAUUAACUCCAGAUAUACUCCAGGCUGUUUCAGGCUCUUCUUCUCUGGUGUGAACCUCACAGAGCCUGCAGUCAACCACUCAGCCAGCUUUACUUUCCCUGCAGCUGAGUAUGAACACCAGGGCAGCUACAGCUGUGUGUAUGAGUUACUGCUGCCAUCAAGGACAUUCACUUCUGCUGAGUCAGCACCAAUUCGUCUCAUCAUCACAUUUCCUUGGUGGCUGCUGGUGGUGUCAGCAGUUCCUGGCAUCCUGGUGCUCCUGCUGGUCCUGUUGGUGGUCUGUCUGGUGCUCUGGAGAAGACGACGAGCCAGGCGGUUUGAUCCCAACGUCCUGAUCCAAAGGGCUGUUACAACCAGAUAUGGGUGUGAUGGCAUAGGGGAAGAAGAGGACGAGGAGGAAGAGAAGCACUAUGUAAAUGUUGAACACGUGGAGACUGAAAAUAAAUAUGCAGAGCAAGCAGAAGGAGUGGAAGAGGAGGUGACUGACGCUGAUUAUGAGGAAAUACAGGAUAAAGAUAAAAGCUGUGAUGAUGAAAAUAACUAUGUACAUGUAAUAGAGGCUUGUGCUGAAGAAGCUGUGGACGUUUAUGGAGGAGAGCAAAUUUACCAAAACUUUUAGAUUUCACUGAAACAGACUGCUUCUAAUGUCAUGCUUUUCCACCUGAGCAUUCAAAGCAUUCUGUACAUUGACCACUUCUUUUUAAACACCUACAUGCUUUCUGUCUGAAUUUCAUAUAAAUUCAUAUUUGGUGAGCGGCUCAGGGUUAGCAUCCUGCCCAAGGAGACGGCAGCAGCCAGUGAUUGAAUCACAAACCUUCAGAUUAGUAGCUCUAGCUCUGAGCUACACCAGGCUACAUGAGGUGCAUAAUGAAUUUGAGAGCUUUCACAUGUGAGGUCAUUACCAAAUGUGACAGAUUCUAUAACACAAUUAAAGGGCUCAUGCAGAGUGUU